AUGUCGAACAUUGGCUUGCAAGUGAGGCAGGCUGUGCCUUCCAUAGAUCCUGUUGUGGCCGAUUAUGCUGUGGGCUAUAUUCAACAUCUAUUGCAUGCCACGGAAGACUCGGUUCUAGCACAACAAGUUUCUAUCCAGGAUGAGAUGAACUACCUCAAAGCCUUACUUCUCAAUGCCGGGGGACCGGAGGAUAAGGUUGACCCUCUCACCGAAAAGUUCACCAAUCAACUCAGCGAACAAUUGAAGGCUAACAUGGCCAAAUUGGAGCUUACAGGGGAUACAUCUAAACGUUUAUUAGACAUAAAUGUUUUGAAGCAGAAUUCACAAAAACGUGACAUCAAUUCGAGUUUGGCGUUAUUGUCCGCUUCUAAUGAUAUUGAACACACAGGAAGAAAAAUGGAAUCAAAAGUCGAUAAGAAGAAGUUGGAGAAACAAGAAAGAAAGAUCGCCAAAAAGGUUGCCAAACGGAAUAACCAAUUUGUCAAAUACGAGGCUUCGAGACUUCUUGAUGAUAAGAAAGAGGACGACUACGACUCAUUCUUUUUGGAAAUUAAUCCUUUGGACUUUGGUUCCAGUGCUGGUAAAUCGAAGGAUAUCAAAAUUGAUCAGUUCGAUUUGUAUGUUGGCGAUGGGCGUCGUAUCCUCAGUGAAGCUCUGUUGACACUUGCUUAUGGUCGUAGAUACGGUCUUGUCGGUCAAAACGGUAUCGGGAAAUCCACCUUGUUAAGAGCUCUUUCUCGAAGGGAGUUAGAUAUUCCCAAACACAUUACAAUUUUACAUGUCGAGCAGGAAAUAAGAGGAGAUGACACCCCUGCACUUCAGUCGGUGCUUGAUGCGGAUGUCUGGCGGAAGAAUUUGUUGAAUGAAGAAUCUAAAAUCAAUGAAAGAAUUGCCGAGAUCGAAAAGCUUCGUGCUGAAUUCGAUGAAGAUUCGAAUGAGGUCAAAAAGCUUGAUAAUGAACGAGACGAUUUGGAGGAGAAGUUGCAAAACGUCAGUGACAAAUUGUAUGAAAUGGAGUCAGAUAAGGCAGAGUCAAAGGCUGCUGCCAUCCUCUAUGGUCUCGGGUUCACGAAGGAAACUCAAAAUCUUCCCACAAAGUCCUUUUCUGGUGGUUGGAGAAUGCGGUUGUCUCUUGCUCGGGCAUUGUUUUGCCAACCCGAUUUGUUGUUGUUGGACGAACCUUCUAAUAUGUUGGAUGUACCCUCCAUCACUUAUUUGGCUAAGUAUCUCCAAACCUACGAGAGUACUGUGCUUGUUGUUUCGCACGAUCGUGCUUUCCUCAACGAAGUUGCUACUGAUAUCAUUCAUCAACAUUCUGAGCGUUUGGACUACUACCGUGGAUCAAACUUCGAUUCAUUCUAUUCUACUAGGGAAGAGCGCAUCAAAAACCAACGAAGAGAGUAUGAUAAUCAAAUGGCUUACCGGAAACAUUUGCAAGAAUUUAUCGACAAAUUUAGAUACAACGCGGCUAAGUCUCUGGAGGCGCAAUCCAGAAUCAAAAAGCUUGAGAAGUUGCCGAUCCUUGAGCCUCCUGAAGAUGAAAAGACUGUCUCUUUUAAAUUCCCGGAUCCCGACACGAAGCUUUCUCCUCCCAUCUUGCAAAUGCAAGAUGUCAGCUUUGGCUAUAGCCCUUCGAAGUUGAUUCUCAAAAACGUUGAGUUGGAUGUGCAAAUGGAUCUGCGCAUUGCUUUUGUUGGUGGGAACGGUACUGGUAAAACUACUCUUCUCAAGUUGUUAAUGGAUCAGUUGACCCCGAUAAGCGGUUUUAUUCUGCGUAAUGGCAGAUUACGGAUAGGUUACUUUGCGCAGCAUCAUGUUGACGCUAUGGAUUUGACUCUUUCUGCGGUUCUGUGGAUGUCGCAAACGUAUCCGGGCAAGACGGAUGAAGAAUAUCGGAGACAUCUUGGGGCUUUCGGAAUCACUGGGCUGUUAGGUCUUCAAAAAAUGGAGUUGUUAUCUGGUGGUCAAAAGUCAAGAGUGGCUUUUGCGGCACUUUGUUUAUCUAACCCCCAUAUUUUGAUCAUGGAUGAACCGUCGAAUCACUUGGAUACUCAGGGUUUAGAUGCGUUGGCCGAGGCUCUUAAUAACUUCAAGGGCGGAGUUUUGAUGGUAUCGCAUGAUGUCGAUAUUAUUCUGAAGGUAUGUAAUGAGAUUUGGACCCUGGAAGAGGGGACAGUGAGACGAUUUGACGGCACCAUCCAAGACUACAAGAAGCAUAUUCUCGAGUUGGCUGAUGCUUCAGGCGUUGUUCGUAAGCAUUAG